AUGACGUCAGUAGAGGACGAACGGUCCCCGCGGGCAGGGAGGAAAAGUUCUGGACCGGUCAGGAGAAAUGUUAGCGAGGUGAAAUGGGGUAGUAAGGGAAGAGAGAUGGUGAUUAGGGUUAGGGGACGUGAAAGGGGGAAAGGAGGGGGUAAGGGACGCGGAGGGGGGGAACGGAGGGGAGGGGGAGGGGAAAGAAAGAAGAGAGGGGAAAGCGCGGGGGAAAGGGCGCAGGGCGGAGGGAUGAAGGAUCUGAGCGCAGGGGGGACGAAGGGAGAUGGGCGCACGCUUGUUGCGAUGCGCGAGGGCAUGGUUGGGGGUAUGGGUGGAAGCGUGGGUGGAGUAGGAGAGGGAGUGACGAUGGGAAUAGCUGAGGGGCUAGGGGGGAGGCGCGCGGAGGGGAGAGGGGAGAGGAUAGCGGAGGGGAGUGCGGAGGGGAGAGCGGAGGGGAGAGUGGAGGGGAGAGUGGAGGGGAGAGUGGAGAGGAGAGUGGAGGGGAGAGUGGAGGGGAGAGUGGAGGGGAGAGUGGAGGGGAGAGUGGAGGGGACAGGGGCGAGGCGAGCGGAGGGAGAGGAAUGCAGGCGGGCGAAGGGAGGUGAAAGGAGCUUGAGAGAUAUGGAAGGGAGGAAAGAGAGGGCUGCAGCCGGGUGGUCUAUAACGGGGAUGAGGAGGGGAGGGGGAGGGGAUGUGGGAGGAGGGGAGGAGGAGGGAGGAUGGGGCGAGGAGUGGGAGGGAGGGGAGGAGUGGGAGGAGGGGGACUGGGAGGAAGAGGAGAGGGAAGAGGAUAAGGGGGAAGAAGAGGGGGAAGAGGAGAGAGAAAAAGGGGAGAAGGCAGAGGACGAGGAGAAUAGGGGGAAGAAAGGACAGAAGGAGAUCAGCAACAGCAAAGGGAAGCAGCAGGGAAAGGAUAAGUCGAAAGAUACCACAGGGAAGCCUGUGACAAGUACAGAUGGCUCCGUGCGAGCUCUAACUUCCUCGAAACCCUCAGAUGUACAUACAGACCCAUCUGAACCAUCCGAACCCAUGGGUGUUCCAGGAAAUUACAGUGAUCCCCUAGGAGGGUACGUGGAUUCCAUGGAAGAGGGAACGGACACAGACCCACUGGGCGGGUAUAUAGACCCACUGGAGCAGUACAUGCUGUGGUCUGGCAUGGGCCUGGCGGGCGAGGGGCGAGGGGAGGAGGGGGAAGAGACGGGGGAGGGGAUGAGGGAGGAGGUGGGGGAGGAUGCGGGGCAGGCGGAGGUAGGGGGGGAUGUAGGGGGAGCGGUGGGGGGAGGUGUAGGGGGAGAGGAUGGAGGAAAGGUAGGUGAAAAAGAGGGGGAUGAGAUGGGGGAAGGGGAGGUGGGGGAAGAGGGGAUGGAGAGAAAUGAGGGGAGAACAGGGGGUGAGAGAGAGGAGGAUAGGAGAGAGGAGGAUAGGAGAGAGGAGGAGGGGAAGAAAGAGGAGGGGAGAGGGGAGAAGCAAGUUAGGGAAGGGCGGGAUAUGAGGGAGGUUGGAGGGGAGAGGGAGGGGGCUGGAGGGAGGGGGGAGGAGGAACAGGAGAGAGAGGGGGGUGGUGUUGGGGGGCAUCGUGGUGGUGGCAGGGAGGAAAACGCGAAUAAAGAGGGUAAUGAGACGAAUGAAAAGAGUGGGAAGCAUGAGAAUAGCAAUGCUAAUGAGAAAAACGAGGGGAAUGAGAAUAACGAGAAGAACGAGAAUUGUGAGAAGAACGAGAGUAAUGAGAGUAAUAAGGAGAGCGAGAAUAAGGAGGCGAGAGAGGAUGAGGAUGUGGUGGAAGUGACUGAAACGGAAACGGGAGAGGGUGGUAAGGGAGGAGUGGACGCGGGUGAUGGGAGAAGGGGGAGGGAAGGUGAGGUUACGAGGCGUGACUGUGAGGAGAGUGACGUUGAAGAGUGUGAGGCUGGUGAUGGGAAGGAUGGUGAACGGAGGGAUGUUGAGGAGAGAAAAGAAAGGCGAGGAGCUGGUGGAGGGAGAAGAGGGCGAGUUGGAGAGAAGGGCAGGAGCGGACGGGAGAAGGGGAACGUGAAGAAGGUCGAAAGGGAGGGAAAGAGGAGUCGGAGAGGAACAGAGAAGGUGAGGAGGCAUGAGGAGGAGGAGGGAGAGGAGGGAGGGGAGGGAGGGGAGAGGGAGGAGGAAGAAGGGGAAGAGGUGGAGGAGGUUGAAAGGGUGGAGGAAGAGGAGAAGGAGGAGGAGAAGGUGGGGGAAGUAGAGGUGAAGGGCAAAAAGAGGGGACGAAAACGGGGUAAGCACGAGGAGAGGGAUGAUGAGGGGGAUGUAGGUGGGAAGGAGGAUGAGGAUGAGGAGGAAGUGGAGGAGAUAAAGGUAGAAUAUUUACAGGACGGUGAGAGCAAGAGGAAUAAGAGGAAACACAAGGAGAGGCAGGGAGGAGAAAAGGAGAAGGAGGGGAGAAAGAGGGCAAAGUACCAGAAAGAAGAGGAGAAAGAAAAGGAAGAGGAUUCAGGAGAGGAGGAGGAGAGUGAGGAGGAGGAUGGGGAGCAGGGCAGGGGGGGAAGGUACAAGGCGAAGGAGAAACGGUAUGAGUGUGGGCAGUGUGGCAUGGCGUUUACUCGGCCGGCAUAUGUGCGGCAACACAUGGCCUCACACUCCAAUCAGCAGAAAUCCUUUGUGUGCCCGCAUGAGGACUGCCGAAGGGCGUUCGGGAGGAAGUACCACCUGCAGCGCCACAUGCAGUCGCAUGCUCCUCACCGGGUCAGUGCCUUUCCUAUGAAUGAAUUUCCCCUGUCCGCACCCCCAGUGCAUCCAGACGUUCAGCCUGCACGCCAGCAUGCAGCGGCAUGUGAGGCUCUUCUUCCCCCGAUUGUGCCUCCUCCCCCCGUCUGUGUCAUGUCACCCCUUCCCCUGCCUGCUUCCCUCCAGUUCCCCUGUCCGCACCCGCAAUGCUGUCAGACGUUCAGCCUGCACGCCAGCAUGCAGCGACACGUGAGGGAGCAGCACUGGGAGGAGGAGGGCAUCAGGGACCGGCUUGAUCGAGUGAAUAGGGAGAUGAAGGGGAAGCAGGCGGAGCAGUGGGGGAUUGGGGACCGGCUGGGUAGAGUGAAGAGAGAGAGUAAGGGAGGGGAUGCGGAGCAUAAGGUUCAGGGGAAGGAGGGGGAGGCGCAGAAGAGCGGGCAGCAGAAGGGACAGGAGAAGGCAGAGGAGAAAACAGAGGAGAAAGCGCAAAGGGCACAGGAGAAAACGCAGAAAGAACAGGACAUAAUACAGGAGAAAACGAAGGAGAAAACACAAGAGAAGACAUGCGAGAGGGCAGCAGAAGCAACAGGAGGGAGAAGAGGAGGGGGGAAGGAGAGGUUAGGUGGGAAAGACGAGAGGAGAGGAGGGGAAGAGGAUUGGAGAAGGGAGGAGGAGGAGGAGCAGAGAGGACGGGAGGAGAGGAGAGCAGGAGAGGAGGAGAGGAUAGGAGGGGAGGAGGAAAGGAGAGGGGGGGAGGAGAAGAGAGGAAGGGAGGUGCAGAGGAGAGGAGGGGAGGAGGAGAGGAGAGGAGGGGAGGAGGAGAGGAGAGGAGGGGAGGAGGAGAGGAGUGGAGGGGAGGAGGAGAGGAGUGGAGGGGAGGAGGAGAGGAGAGGAGGGGAGGAGGAGAGGAGUGGAGGGGAGUUGGGGGAGGGAGGAGGUGAGGAGGAGAGAAAAUUGGGCGACGAGGGAGCUGGAAAGGAGUCGUUUGUGGUUAAGAGUGGUGAGGAGCGGUGUGAUACUGAAAUGCGUGAUGCUGAAUUGUUUCAUACUGCUGAAGCAGACAGGCAAGAUUUUGCUGACGUGGAAGAGGAUAACAGAGAGAUCCUUGCAACCAAUGGGAGUAGGGGGGCGGUGCAAGGGAUGUACGGCCACUUGAAGCAACAGAAUCGGCACCUGAAGAAACACCUGGAGGUUGAUGAUCAUCACCUGGAGAAGCACCUGAAUGAGAAGGAGCAGCCUGCUUUGGAGGUGGAAAUUCAGCUGAAGCAACAGAAGGAAAACCUGAGGGCAAUGAGGGAGCACCUGAGGCGGAAGGAGAUUCUCCUGAAGGAGGAGGAGAAAUUUCUGAGGCAGCAGCAGGAGCACCUGAGGCAACAGAGUGAGCACCUGAAACAACAGAACGAGGACCUGAGGCAACGGGAGGAGCAGCUUGCAAUGCAAGAGCAGCACUUGGGGGAACACCUGAGGGGGGAGCACCUGGGGGGCCACCUGAAGGGGGACCUGAGGGGGAAGCACGUGGGGGGGAAUGGGUUGCUGCUGCUGCGGGAUGCUGUAUGCUUGUGCUCUGCUGCUGCCACUGCUUCUGUGGGGACGACUGGAGGUGGUGUGGCAGCUGGUGAUGGCGAUGUGGCAGCGGCUGAUGCUGAUGUGGCACAGGUUGUUGGUGAUGUGGCAGGUGCUCAUGAUGUUGUGGCAGAAGCUGUCGUCUCCCCUUCCUCCUCAGAGCAGCCCAGCAACCCAAGAACGCACUUCAGGGUGUGCCACCAGAAAGACCGCCCCUUUGCCGGCUCUCUUAUUGCACGGCCCUUUUCCCACUCUCCCUUUCCCCUUCUCCCCACACCUCCCCCCCCUCUUCCCCACUCCUCAGAGCAGCCCAGCAACCUGGGGACGCACAUCAGGGCAUGA